AUGAGCAAACAUGAAGAAAUAACCAAUAGACGAUACCCAAUACCACCACCACCACGAAGGAAGGUGGAUCCAUUAUUAAUGUUAAAAGAUAACACAAAGAUCACAACGAUUGCCGGUCCCAUGGUUAGAUAUUCGAAAUUACCCUUCCGUCAAUUAGUUAGACAAUACCAUUGUGAUAUAGUAUAUACUCCCAUGAUUUUGGCACGUGAAUUUGUAAGGAAUGGUCAUGCAAGGAUUUCAGAUUUCUCUACUUGCCAAUUGGAUACUCCUUUAAUUGUUCAAGUGGGUGUUAAUAAUGUUAGUGAUCUUUUGAAAUUCGUUGAGAUGGUGGCGCCCUUUGUGGAUGCGGUGGGGAUAAAUUGUGGAUGUCCCAUUAAAGAACAAAUUAGAGAAGGGAUUGGUUGUGCUUUAAUUUAUAAUGAAGAAUUACUCAUUGAGAUGGUUAAAGAGGUAAAAUUGAAAUGGAAAGAUCAAAUACGACUAGAAACGAAAAUUAGAAUUCAUGAUGAUUGGGAUAGAAGUUUAAAGCUAUGCGUCGGACUUUGUGAAGUUGGAGUGGAUUGGAUUACCAUUCAUGGUAGAACGAGAACUACAAGAUCAUCUCAACCUGUCAAUUUGGAUGCAAUCAAAUAUAUUAUUGAAGGGAUCAGGAAGGCAGGGUUUGAAGAUAUCCCCAUUGUCGCUAAUGGUGAUUGUUUUACAAUGAAGGAUUUCAAAAAAAUCGCUGAAUAUACUAAAUGUCAAGGUGUUAUGGCCGUAAGAGGCUUAUUAAAUAAUCCAGCUUUAUUUUCAGGAUAUGAUAUUUGUCCCUGGAGUUGUAUUGAAAAUUUCUGGUAUUGGGUUAUUGAAUUUGGAGGAAUACCAUAUCAAUUAAUACAACAUCAUUUUUAUUGUAUGUUAGAAAAUAUGAAUUUGAAAAAGAAAUUAUUGAAUGAAAUGAUGGAAAUUAAGAGUUUGGUUCAAUUAAUGGAUUGGUUUGAUGAUAAUUUUGAAUUGAAAAGGUACAAUAAUAUUGGAUUUGGUCAAUCAAUAGAAAUACCGUAUCGUAUAAAAGAUUAA